AAACAACAACAAAAAACAAUGACCGACUAUAACCGCCUCCUCAACCUCGCCCUGAUCGACCUCCUCGUCAUCCUAAAAGACGAAAUGGUAAGGGACAGACAAAUCCAGCAGCGCUUCAACGAGGAAUUCGCCUCCGGGUACGACUAUGAAUCCUCCCACAGCGACGGGAUAUGCGCGUGGCGGACGAGAGAUCGCGAAGACAAGUUAAUAAAGCAAGAGGGCCGACGCAGGCUGGAGAAGUGGACGGAGGAACAGGAUGGGAUUUUCGAGAGGUUUUAUGGGGGGGAUGGGGAGAGAGCGAAGACGGCUAGACAUGCGUAUGCCGCUGUGCCGGCGAGCACUGGAUUGCCGAGCAUUGCGACACCGCUUGUUGUGGGGCGGGUUAGGGCGGAACAGACGAUGCUGAAGAGACGGGUGGUACCGGCGGCGCUUUCGAGGGGGGUUGAGGUGGGAUUGGCGACGGGGAGAGGGAAGGUACAGAAGAUUCGGAAGAGGCGCGUUGGGGAGGCAAGGUUUGGUGUUACGUCGAGUUUUGAUAUGGAUGAGUUGCGUGCGCGUGGCGGGCUUGUUGGUGUUAAGCCGGUGUUGGGUGCGAGGCCUUUGUUGAGUGCGAGGCCGGUCGGUGAGGGAAGGCCGGGUCGGUGAGGGAAGGUGGAGUACGGCGGGAUGGGCGUUUAUUGGGAUGGAAUGGCGGAGAAAGAGUAAUAUUUUAACUUAUGAAGGCGUAGCAUAUGCAUAUAUCAAAUUCAAAAACCCUCAUACAAACAACAACAAAUUGUUUAAUUUAUACCACACCACAAAACACACACUCACCCCGAGGCCCCCGACGUGCAAGUGAUACCAGGGCUCCCAUCAAUAUUAGCACAAUAAUUCACCGUCGCACCACUUGGGUUCUUCACAGCCCAAUUCGUAAAAUGCAAAUCACACAGCAUAGGCGGCGAGCAAUUCAAAUUCGCCACCGCAGGCGCCUGUUUCGAAUUCGUCGUCCCCUUGAAAUUCUUAAAGUAAAUCCCAGACAAACUCGCCAAACUCGGGUUUACCGCGCAAUUCGCAGCGUCGGAGCCGUAGCAGCUUUGGAUUUGUGCCCCGUAAUCGCAGCCUUGGACGUCGACGCCGUCCCAGGUGACGUUGGAGA